AUGUGCUCAAACCCUCUCUUUUGCUCUCUUUUGCUCUCUUUAGGCGCCCUAAUCUGCUCAUUGGGCUUGGCCCCAUACUGCCUUACCGUCUGUUUACUUUCUUUACUUUCUCUGUUUCUCUUUUUCUUCUUCUUCGAUGCUUCAAAUCCCCCUUCUCCGAUCUUGAUAUCCUUCAAUAUGGACGGAAUGAAUAUGACGGCCACUGCAACCUCAGCCAUGACUAUGACCACCAGUAUGGGCUCCGGGAUGUCCAUGGGCAUGGGCAACCACACGGAGGGUAUGCAUGAAUGCAAGAUGUCGAUGUACUGGAACUGGUACACCAUUGGUUCAUGCUUCCUGGCCAAAUCCUGGCACGUCACCUCUCGCGGCAUGUUCGCUGGUUCUUGCAUUGGCGUCAUUUGCCUCGUCAUCAGCCUUGAAUUCCUUCGUCGUGCCGGUAGAGAAUACGACGGCUAUGUCGUCCGUCAGGCUCGUUUGCGACAAUCUUCUCGUGGCGCUCUGCUGGAUGAUACCUAUGAUGACAAUGCUCCCAACACCGAGGACAACAUCGGCAUUCCCGGAUCCUCAAAGCAGGCUACGUCUGCUGCCACUGGUGACUCUGUCACUCGGGCCUCCGUCAUGUAUCGUCCUUCGCUUGUCCAGCACACUGUGCGCUCUUUGAUCCAUAUGGUUCAAUUCGCAGUGGCAUACAUCGUCAUGCUGUUGGCCAUGUAUUACAACGGCUACAUCAUCAUCUGCAUCUUCAUUGGCGCGUUCCUGGGUGCGUUCUUUUUUACGUGGGAGCCUAUCAAUCUGUCUGAGGAGUGA